AACUAGUGUACCUUGUGUCACAUUUGAAACUGCACUCUUCCAAUUGGUCGUUCCUCAGCGUGUCUCCUGGUAUUUUAUUUUGACUCGGAUUAACAAGGACACUAGAGAAGUUCACAAGCUAAAGAAUAAUUACUUGUCCGCUGACUAUCCAAUUUCCCAUUGAAUCAUCAACAAAUGGAAUUUGUUACUUUAACUCAUGGUUGAAUCUCCAUCUAUCGACGCAUUCAAGUGAAGGUUGGACUAACACGGACCACUUAGCCUCCCGUCCUUUCCAAACGGAAAUUGAAAUUAGACUCUCAUCUACCAAACGGAUUCUCAGUUGUCUUAAUGGAUGGUUUUUUGUCUUCUAAGAUAUCAACAAUUUGCUUCUGGCCGCAAAAUUACCUAAGUUACUGAUCAUUUGUCUACUGCCACACUACAUCCAGUUUCCAAUUAUACUUCAACAUGCUAGUUUUAGCAUUGUGUCUAGGAGUUUUUAGUAUCUUCAUUAUGUUGAUAGUCAAGUUUUUGUAUUGGAAAGUUCAAUGUUGGUUUUGUGGGUACACCACACGUGCAUCAUGGAGUAGAAAAACUUCAUUUGUUUGUCAACAGUGUGGUCAGUACAAUGGAUUUAAAAGUGAUGGUGACUACAACAAAGUCAUACCAUCUCAAUACAUUGCUGAAUUAAAUCCAAUUAAUUUUCAUCAGGUCCGCGGUACAUUUUCAUCGCAUUCUGAUGUAUUAUGUCCGGAUUGUACACGUAAUCAAAAUAUUAUUAUUCAAAAGUUGUCGGAAUAUAACCCGAAAGAUGACAAGUCAGAUGAGGAAAUAAAAGAAUACACUCGUCAAUUAGAGUUGAAAUAUAGUUUGUGUUCAGGUUGUUAUCGAAAAGUCAAUGACAAACUUAGGCAGGUAAGUUGUUAG